AUUGAGGAUUCCGUUCGGUACCUCGGUCGCCGUCCAGUCCGUCUUGCUUGAAGUUUAACUGUCGCGAUGAAAGUGUGACGAAACAGUGAAAUCAACCAUCUAGUAUAAAUUAAGCUGUGCAUAAUAAUUGACCAAUCAUGGAAUUCAUGGACGAGGAUUUCCUUCUCAACAUGGAGAGAGCGUUCAUGCGGAAUUGGCUCCGGCUUCUAAGGGCUACAAAGGCAUUUCUGGACGCGCUGAGCGAGUCGGGCGCGACAUGCGUGUCGCGCGCGACUGCUAUCAAGUUCUUGUUCGCGCGCAAGUUUGACGUGCUGCGCGCGCACACGCUCUGGCGACAGCACGAGGCGACUCGCCGGCGGGAAGGGCUCAACAAGUUCGAGCCCUUCGAAGAGCCGCUGAAGUCCGAGCUUGAGACUGGAAAAUUUACUAUUUUGCCGACGCGGGACGCGACCGGUGCCGCCAUUGCGGUGUUCACGGCCAACAAGCACUUCCCGUCCCUUACCACUCAUCAGACGACAUUGCAGGGUGUCGUCUACCAAUUAGAUGUGGCGUUGACGUCGAUAGAGACCCAGCGCGCCGGUCUAGUCUUCAUAUACGACAUGACCGACUCCAAGUACACUAACUUCGACUAUGAACUGUCGCAGAAGAUACUCACUCUGCUAAAGGGUGGGUACCCAGCUAAGCUGAAGAAGGUGCUGAUAGUGACGGCUCCGCUGUGGUUCAAGGCGCCGUUCCGGAUCUUACGGCUCUUCGUGAGGGAGAAACUGCGCGAGCGCGUGCACACGGUGAGCGCGCCACAGCUGGGCGUGCACGUGCCGCGCGCCAGCCUGCCCCGCCAGCUGGGCGGACAGCUGGAGCCUGACCACGCUGCCUGGUUAGAACACUGCAAAAACUGCUACACAAAUAAUCUGCAGAAUUCAAAGUUAGACGGAAUCAUUGACGAAUAUGUAAUUAGUAAUCACAUUCCCGCAGUCAAACCACAAAAUGGUAUAAUCGAGCACGAGGUCGGAUGUGACAUGACCAGCGACCGCGCGGCGCGACUGUGCGACAACAACACAGACAUGCACAUCAGCGGCGACCCUCCCUACACCUGCGAUACCAGCCCGCUUAGAAAUACGCACGGAUAUAAUGGAGACAUGAAGGGCAGGCACAUAAACUCAGGGGAUGAAGACGAUUUAGAUAUAAGCACCCGCGGCACGUGGUCGUCGGGCGAGGCGUCGCCGGGGCUGUCGGACGAGGAGUGCGGCGGCGGCGCGGGCGAGACGCCGGCGGCGCUGCUGGCGCGCGUUCGCUCGCUGCGGCGCCGCGGGCUGGCCGCCGAGUACGAGGAGAUCCGAGCGCGCCCGCCCUGCGGCACCUUCCACCACGCCAAAUUGCCAAGUAACCUAGCCAAAAACAGAUAUACGGACGUAUUGUGCUACGACCACUCGCGGGUCACACUUUCGCAGACGGACCCCGAUGACCCCUCCAGCGACUAUAUCAACGCCAACUACGUCGACGGGUACAAGCAGAAGAAUGCUUUCAUCUGCACGCAAGGACCCUUACCGAAGACAUUCGGCGACUUCUGGCGGAUGGUGUGGGAGCAAGGCACACUCGUGAUCGUGAUGACGACGCGCGCCAUCGAGCGCGGCCGCGUCAAGUGCGGGCAGUACUGGCCGCUCACCGUCGGCCAGCGCGUCACGCACGCCGGCUACAGUAUCACCAACGAGCUGGUGGAGACAGAUCCUGACUACACCAUCACGCACCUGGUGCUCACCGAGCUGCGGACGGAGCAGACGCGGCGCAUCUGGCACGGGCAGUACACGCGCUGGCCGGACUACGGCGUGCCGGGCGGCGGCCGCGCGCAGCCCGUGCUGCGCUUCCUCACGCGCGUGCGCCGCGCGCAGCAGCGGGCCCGGGCCGAUUUAGGAGAUGCGUGGGCAGGACACAGUAGAGGACCCCCGAUCGUCGUUCACUGUUCUGCUGGAAUCGGACGAACAGGCACGUUCAUAACGCUGGACAUCUGCACGCUGCGGCUGGCGGCGGAGGGCGCGGUGGACGUGCGCGGCACCGUGGAGCGCGUGCGGGCGCAGCGCGCGCACAGCAUCCAGAUGCCCGACCAGUACGUGUUCUGCCACCUCGCCGUCCUCGAGCACGCGGUAAGGCUUGCCAUGUGUUCCCAACGCGGACACUGUGCGCGGCACCGUGGAGCGCGUGCGGGCGCAGCGCGCGCACAGCAUCCAGAUGCCCGACCAGUACGUGUUCUGCCACCUCGCCGUCCUCGAGCACGCGGUAAUGAACGGGUACUUAGAGUCUGCGGACCUGACGGGCUUCGACGACGACAACGAGGAGGAGUCGGAAUGAAGGCUGUCGCGCCCGCCCUGCGCGCUGCUGUGAGCGCCGUGCCAUACCCGCUCCACGCACGCCGUGACGUCACGCCGACGUCACGCCCGCCGCGCGAGUGCCGUCCGCAGCGACGAGUGGACCCAACCUUACAUCGGGUAAAGGAAACCUCGUAAUUCGAGUAUUUAUUUUGCGUAACGUAAAUCUUUGUAACCAAAAAUAUUUCCGUAAUUAGAAUUUUAUUUAUUUAUGUAAGGAAUAUGGCUGUGUGAAGUUUUUCGUCUGUAAUUUAUGUAGUUAUGUAUGUUUAUAUUUUAUUUACGGAGCCCCGAUUGUGACGAGGCGCGGUGUCUGAUCGACGGCGCAGUCUGUCUCGGACCAGUUUUACAUAGCUGUAAACGAUGCUUUAAGUAUUUUUCCCGAAUAUAAAAUAUAUAGAAACUAAGAUAAAUGUUAUUGUAAUUAACUAUAAAAAUAAAUAGACACAAUUUAUAUUACAUGUCCCUUUUUAUCAAGAGAGGAGUUCAAAUGUUGUUUACGGUUCUGUUAAACGAUCUGUCUCAGAAGCUACCGCGGUAGCCGCGUCGUGAGCGCUCUCGUAGUACACUUACAUAUUAUGUUGUAAUCGCUAAGAAUCUUGUCUCUCGGAUUGUGCACUGAACAUCUAUAAUACGAAUUAUUAUAAAUAGAUUUAUAUACAUAGACUGAGUAACGUUAAUAUGCUCCAAAAUUUUACUAGCGGCAUAAUUAUUUUGAAAAAAUGAAUUCGUGUUCGCUACAUACCUAUUAUUUAUUGUUACAC